AUGACAACAACUGUGGAGGAAUAUGUGGAGUAUGAGUAUUAUGAGGAAGGAGAUGAGGAGGAAGGCGAGGAGAUUGAGGAGGAGUCUGACUUGCCCACCAGGAAAGUCAGGAAGAAGGUCAAGGUGGAUACCUCAAAGUUCAUGACUCCUUAUCUGGCCCACAGCCAUAAGAUGCUGGAUCAGUUCAGCCACAACAAGUACCGGCAUGCUUAUGACGUGUCCAGAGGCACACCCCCUGCCAUCACUGUUGAUACCCCUGAACUGAAUCGCAUCAGGAGGGCCCAGGACCAGCUUAGCGAGGUUAAAUACCGCAUGGAGGGAAACAAGGCUCGGACAACAAGCAUGUAUGAUGGUGAGGCUAGAGACAUCACCCAUGCCAAGCAUGUAUCUGAAUUGGUCAGCAAGGUUCUGUACAGACAGCAGUGGGAUGAGACUAAAGACCGCUACCAUCUGCCUCCUGAUUCUCCUGAGCUGGUUCAGGCUGUGAAGAAUGCUGCUAACUUCAGCAAAAAACGUUACACCGAGGACUGGGAUGAAGAGAAGGUCAUGUUCUGCCCUUACAUUGACAGCCCUGAACUGCAAAGAGUGGCCAAGGCUCAGGAGGCUCUCAGUGAUGUUCAGUACAAGAAGGGUCACAAUGAGCGUAAGGCCAAGUAUACCUCCUUGGCUGAUCCUCCUGAAGUGGAGCUGGCCAAAAAAGUGGGCCAACAGUACAGUGAUCUAAAGUACAAGGAAGACUACAACAAAACUGUGAAGGGUCAAUGGUGUGAGACGCCGUACUUUGAUGUGGCCGUUGCCAGGAUGGCGAUGGACAACCUCAGCAAAAAAAAAUACAUGCAAGAAUAUGAGGAUACAAAAGACCAAAUUUAUUUCAUGCAAACAGAAACACCUGUGUACGACACACACAAGAAAGCUGGUAUUGCUGCUAGUGAGGUCCAAUACAAGAAGGCAUAUGAGGAUACAAAGUCAGAGGCUGAAUACAACACCCUCCCUGCUACAGAGAAUCCUCUCCUCAGACAGCUCAGAUACGCUGGCUCCAUCCUCAGUGAUAAAGUAUAUAAGGCUGAAUAUGAGCAAACCAGGGGUUCCAGCAUCAACUACUGUGAGACGCCCAAGUUUCAGAUGGACUCAGUACUUAAACAGUUCAAUGAUACAAAUUACAAGAAUAAGUAUGACAAUGAGGUGAAGGGCCACUACAUUGGUAGCUAUGAAGAUCUCUAUACGCUGCACUGCCAGAAAGUUGAGGAAAUGAAGAGCGAUAAAAAUUAUAAAGCUGAUUAUGACGACAUGAAAACAAGUUGCUUCUUCCCUCAAACAAUUACGGCUGAAUAUGAAGCUACCAAGAAGCUUCAAGAGUGUAGUGAUAAAAUUUACCGGCAACAUCCAGACACAGUGAAAUUUACUCAGGUGGUGGAUUCGCCAGUUCAGGUUCAAGCUGCCAUCAACGCCCAUCAGCUAAGUGACAUGAACUACAAGGCAAAGUAUGAGGAAACAAAGUUCAAGUGCACUCUGCCCCCAGACUAUCCCUUCUUCAUGCAGUCCAGAGUUAACGCUUUUAACCUCAGUGAUAACUGUUAUAAGUAUGAUUGGGAGCAAAUUAAAGCAAAAGAGUAUGAGAUGACAGGUGAUGCCAUCCCGAUCCUCGCCGCCCGUGCUCACACAAACAUUGCCAGUGAUGUUAAAUAUAAAAAGGAAUAUGAGAUGAACAAGGGUCAAAUGGUUGGAGCCCUCAGCAUUAAUGACGAUCCCAAGAUCAUGCACUCCGUUCACGUGGCUAAAAUCCAGAGUGAUCGUGAAUAUAAAAAGGACUAUGAAAAGACAAAGACCAAGUACCAUACACCACUGGAUAUGGUGUCGGUCACCUCGGCCAAGAAGUCCCAGGAGGUUUCGAGCAUGAUUGGGUAUAGGAGCAUCGGUAACAAAUACUUCCUUCCCUAUGACAGUGUGCAGCUGAAUCAGGCUAAGAGAGCCAACAUCAUCCAGAGCGACAUUGACUACAAGUCUGACUACAACACCUACUGUAAGGGUACCCCAUGGUUCCCCUUUGGUUCCAUGGAGGUGGAAAAGGCUAAGAGAGCUGGCGAGAUCCUCGAUGAGAAAAAAUACAGACAACACCCCGACACAAUCCCCUUUACAUCUAUUGAUGACCACCCCAUCAUGCUGCAGGCCAGAGUAAACCAGCUUCAGAGGAGUGAUCGGUUCUACAAGCGUGGUCUUGAGGAGAUUCAUCACAAGUACUCUUUGCCUCCUGAUACCCCCGAGCUCCUUCAGGCCAAGUGCAAUGCCUACAACUUCAGCAAGAACUACUAUAAGCUUGCCUGGGAGGACGACAUUGCUAAAGGUUAUGACUUGAAGGCUGAUGCCAUCCCUAUCGUCGCUGCUAAAGCUGCCAGACAUGCUGCCAGUAAUGUACAGUAUAAAAAAGCUUAUGAGAAGGACAAAGGCCAUCAUGUUGGUUUCCGCAGCCUCCAGGACGAUCCUCUGCUGGUUCACUACAUGCAUGUCGCUAGGAUUCAGAGUGACAGGAACUAUAAGAAGGACUACCACCAGGCCAAAGUGAAGUUCCACUCCCCAGUGGACAUGUUGAGUGUGGCUCACGCCAAACAUGCCUCAGCAGUGCAGACCUACAUUGGCUAUAGGCAGUACCUCCAUGAUUACCGUCUUCUGCCUGAUGCUGUGGGUUUGGAACUUGCUCGCAAUAUGAACUACAAUUCCAGUGACCGCAAUUAUAAAAUGGAUUAUGACACAUGCAUUAAGGGAAUUGGCUGGGUUCCCAUUGGUUCCCUGGAUGUGGAAAAAGCCAAGGCAGCAGCUGCAGCUCUAGAUGAGAAAACGUACCGCCAGCAUCCUGACACCUUUAAAUUCACCAGUAUCCCUGACUCCAUGAGCAUGGAGCUGGCCAAGGCCAAUGCCAAGAUUAUGAAUGUGAAAGAGUACAAGGCCAGUGGAGAGAAAUUCAAGCACACUUACCAUCUCCCUCCUGAUACCCCUGAACUGAUGCAAGCCAGAUACAAUGCUGCCAACAUCAGCCAGAAUUACUACACCUAUGCUCAUCGUCAAGAUAUUCUCAAAGGACAUCAUGUGAAGGAAGAUGCUAUUCCUGUUGUUGCUGCAAGAACUUCAAGAGACAUUGCCAGUAUGUACAAGUACAAACUGGCUUACGAGAAGGCCAAAGGCCAUCAUGUUGGCUUCCGCAGCCUCCAGGACGAUCCUCUGUUGGUUCACUACAUGCAAGUAGCCAGAAUGCAGAGUGACAGGAACUACAAGCAGGACUACCACCAGGCCAAACUGAAGUAUCACUCCCCAGUGGACAUGAUGAGUGUGGUCCAAGCCAAGAAGGCCUCUGCUGCUCAGACUAUGAUUGGAUACAAGAAUAUUCCUCACAGCUUCUUGCUUCUGCCUGACAAUCUGCACCUGCAGCGGUGUCGCAGCAUGAUGGAGAUUCAGAGUGAUAAUCUCUACAAGUCAGACUACACCAAUUACUAUAAAGGGUCAGGAUGGCUCCCUAUUGGUUCUCUGGAUGUUGAGAAGGCCAAAGCUGCUAAAGCUGCCCUGGAUGAAAGAGGCUACCGCCAGCAUCCCAGUACUUUUAAAUUUACAAGCAAGGCCGAUGCCAUGAACACAGCUCUUGCUCUGGCCAACACAAAGCUGCUGGACAAAGCUACAUACAGAGCUUCUGGUGAGGAGUUCAUGCACUCCUAUCAUCUGCCCCCCGACAUCCCUCAGUUGCUCCAGGCUAAAUUCAAUGCCCAGACCCUUAGUGAGAGUCACUACAAGCACCAGUGGCUGGAAGAUAUUGCAAAGGGAUAUGACAUGAAGCCUGAUGCUAUUCCUAUCGUGCAUGCCAAGCACGGCAGACAUAUUGCCAGCAAUGUCCAAUACAAGAAAGAGUUUGAGAAGGCCAGAGGCCACCAUGUUGGCUUCCGCAGCCUCCAGGAUGAUCCUCUGUUGGUUCACUACAUGCAUGUAGCAAAAAUCCAGAGUGACAGGAACUACAAGAAGGACUACCACCAGUCCAAACUGAAGUAUCACACCCCAGUGGACAUGAUGAGUGUGGUCCAAGCCAAGAAGGCCUCUGCUGCUCAGACUAUGACUGGAUAUAGACAGAUCCAGCACAGUUACGUUCUUCUCCCUGAUGCCAUGAACCUAGUGUUGGCUCGCAAUGCGAGUGCCCGUUCAAGUGAUCUGGACUACAAAUCUGAAUGGAAUAACUACAUCAAAGGUAUUGGAUGGAUGCCUAUUGGCUCACUUGCAGUUGAGACUGCUAAAGUUGGUGGUCAGAUUCUGAGUGACAAUAAUUACCGCACUCAUCCAUCCAACUUCAAGUUCAGUAAGCUGAUGGACUCCAUGGACAUAGCUCUAUCUACUGCCAACAACCAGAUCAUGGACAAGAAAGCAUACACUGCAGCAUGGGAGGCAGACAAACUGAAAGUCCACAUCAUGCCAGAUUCUCCUGAGAUUCUCCUGGCCAAGGCUAAUGCUCUCACAAUGAGUACCAUUACUAAACUUUACAAAUCUGGUCUUGUGGAGAUGGCCAAUAAAGGCUACAACCUCAAAGCAGAUGCCAUACCCAUUGUGGCUGCCAAGGCUGGUACUACCAUUGCCAGUAAUUACAAGUACAAACUGGCUUAUGAGAAGGCCAGAGGCCACCAUGUUGGCUUCCGCAGCCUCCAGGAUGAUCCUUUGCUGGUUCACUACAUGCAAGUAGCCAGAAUCCAGAGUGACAGGAACUACAAGAAGGACUACCACGAGUCCAAACUGAAGUAUCACUCUCCUGUGGACAUGAUGAGUGUGGUCCAAGCCAAGAAGACCUCUGCUGCUCAAACUAUGAUUGGAUACAGGCAGUUUAAUCCCCACUACACUGUGCUGCCUGAUGCCAUGAACCUGCAGCUGGCUCGUAACAUGCACUUCAUUGCCAGUGAUAAUCAGUACAAGAGUGAGUAUGAAAGCUUCAUGAAAGGAAUAGGAUGGAUUCCUAUCGGAUCGCUGGAUGUUGAGAAAGCAAAAACAGCUGGUCAGAUCUUCAGCGAGAAACAAUACCGUCAACAUCCUAGCAACUUCAAAUUCACCAAGGAUAUGCAUUCCAUGGAUCUGGCACUGGCCACGGUGAACAACCAGAUUAUGGAUAUGCAGGCUAAAGCAUACACGGCAGCUUGGGAGACAGACAAACUGAAAGUCCACAUCAUGCCAGAUUCUCCUGAGAUUCUCCUGGCCAAGGCUAAUGCUCUCACAAUGAGUAAUAAACUUUACAAAUCUGGUGUUGUGGAGAUGGCAAAUAAGGGCUACAACCUAAAAGCAGAUGCCAUCCCAAUUGUGGCUGCCAAGGCUGGUACCACUAUUGCCAGUAAUUAUAAGUACAAGCUGGCAUAUGAAAAGGCCAGAGGCCACCAUGUUGGCUUCCGCAGCUUCCAGGAUGAUCCUUUGCUGGUUCACUACAUGCAAGUAGCCAGAAUGCAGAGUGACAGGAACUACAAGAAGGACUACCACGAGUCCAAACUGAAGUAUCACUCUCCUGUGGACAUGAUGAGUGUGGUCCAAGCCAAGAAGACCUCUGCUGCUCAAACUAUGAUUGGAUACAGGCAGUUUAAUCCCCACUACACUGUGCUGCCUGAUGCCAUGAACCUGCAGCUGGCUCGUAACAUGCACUUCAUUGCCAGUGAUAAUCAGUACAAGAGUGAGUAUGAAAGCUUCAUGAAAGGAAUAGGAUGGAUUCCUAUCGGAUCGCUGGAUGUUGAGAAAGCAAAAACAGCUGGUCAGAUCUUCAGCGAGAAACAAUACCGUCAACAUCCUAGCAACUUCAAAUUCACCAAGGAUAUGCAUUCCAUGGAUCUGGCACUGGCCACUGUGAACAACCAGAUUAUGGAUAAGAAAUCUUACAUCAAAGCCUGGGAGGAUGACAAGACUUUGACCCAUAUCAUGCCUGAUGCAAUGGACAUUGUUCUAGCCAGAGGAAACAGGAAAAACUACAGUGAGAAACUGUACAAAUUGGACAAUGAACUCUCCAAGAAGAAGGGCCAUAAUCUUCGUGAAGAUGCCAUUCCAGUACAGGCUGCUAAAGCCUCUACUGCUAUUGCUAGUGAUUACAAGUACAAGACAGGAUACCGUAAGCAGGUUGGCCACCACAUUGGUGCUCGCAGUAUCAAGGACGAUCCUCUGCUCAUGCUGGCUCUGAACUCAGCCAAGAUUGCUAGUGAUGUUUUGUACAAGAAGGACUUCAACCAGUCCAAGACCAGGUUCCACCUGCCAGUGGACAUGCUGAGUAUUGAACAUGCCAAGAAAUGCCAGGUCCAAGUCAAUGAUUUCAACUACAGAACUCAUCUGCACCAGUGGACCUGUCUACCAGACUCCAGUGAUGUGGUCCAAGCCAGACAUGCUUAUGACCUACAGAGUGACAUUGUUUACAAGGAAGAUCUGAAGCUAUUCCAGGGUAUUGGAUGGGUGCCUAUAGGUUCACUGGAUGUCGAGAAGGUGAAGAAAGCUGGUGAGGCCCUGAGUGAGAGAAAGUAUCGUCAGCACCCAAGCAACUACAAGUUCAAACUCUCUACUGAAGACAUGCCCAUGGUACUCGCUAAGACCAACGCUCAUGUUAUGAACAAGAUUGUUUACAAGGAAGAUCUGAAGCUAUUCCAGGGUAUUGGAUGGGUGCCUAUAGGUUCACUGGAUGUCGAGAAGGUGAAGAAAGCUGGUGAGGCCCUGAGUGAGAGAAAGUAUCGUCAGCACCCAAGCAACUACAAGUUCAAACUCUCUACUGAAGACAUGCCCAUGGUACUCGCUAAGACCAACGCUCAUGUUAUGAACAAGAGAGCCUACAUUAAAGACUGGGAGAAAGACAAGACAAACGUCCAUGUUAUGCCUGAUGCCAUGGAUAUUCUACUGGCCAAAGCAAACAGAGUCAACUACAGUGUGAAAACAUACAAGCAAGCACAUGAAGAGUCCAAGAAGAAAGGAUACGACAUGCGUAAUGAUGCAAUUCCUAUUAUUGCAGCGAAGGCUUCCAGGGAUAUUGCCAGCGAUUACAAGUACAAGGCAGGAUACCGUAUGCAAGUUGGUCACCACAUUGGUGCCCGCAGUAUCAAGGACGACCCUCUGCUCAUGCUGGCUCUGAAUUCAGCCAAGAUUGCCAGUGAUGUUUUGUACAAGAAGGACUUCAACCAGUCCAAGACCAGGUUCAACCUGCCAGUGGACAUGCUGAGUAUUGAACAUGCCAAGAAAUGCCAGGUCCAAGUCAAUGAUUUCAACUACAGAACUCAUCUGCACCAGUGGACCUGUCUGCCAGACUCCAAUGAUGUGGUUCAGGCCAAGAAAGCCUAUGAUCUUCAGAGUGAUAAUGUUUACAAGGAGGAUCUGAAGCUGUUGCAGGGUAUUGGAUGGGUGCCUAUAGGUUCACUGGAUGUCGAGAAGGUGAAGAAAGCUGGUGAGGUCCUGAGUGAGAGGAACUAUCGUCAGCACCCAAGCAAGUACAAGUUCAAACUCACUACUGAAGACAUGCCCAUGGUGUUGGCUAAGACCAAUGCUCAUGCUAUGAAUAAGAGAGCAUAUAUCGAAGCCUGGGAGAAUGCGAAGACGAACACCCACAUUAUGCCUGAUGCUAUGGAUGUUCUUCUGGCCAAAGCAAACAAUGUCAACUACAGUUUGAAACGAUACAAACAGGCACAUGAAGAUUCCAAGAAGGAGGGCUAUGAUAUGCGUAAUGAUGCCAUUCCCAUCAUCGCAGCCAAGGCUUCCAGGGACAUUGCCAGCGAUUACAAGUACAAGGCAGGAUACCGUAUGCAAGUUGGUCACCACAUUGGUGCUCGCAGCAUUCAUGACGACCCUCUGCUCAUGCUGGCUCUGAACUCAGCCAAGAUUGCUAGUGAUGUUUUGUACAAGAAGGACUUCAACCAGUCCAAGACCAGGUUCCACCUGCCAGUGGACAUGCUGAGUAUUGAACAUGCCAAGAAAUGCCAGGUCCAAGUCAAUGAUUUCAACUACAGAACUUAUCUGCACCAGUGGACCUGUCUGCCAGACUCCAAUGAUGUGGUCCAGGCCAGGAAAGCCUAUGAUCUGAGUUAAACUCUGUGCUACUGCGCUUCACAGAAUGUCUACAAAUCAGACCUGAAGUGGCUCCAGGGCAUAGGCUGGGUCCCUUCUGGUUCACUUGAUGUGGAGAAAGCCAAGAGGGCUGCAGAGAUCCUGAGUGAGAGGAAGUACCGCCAGCACCCCAGUACUGUUCCUUUCACCAGCCCCUUAGAUGCCAUGAACCUUGUACUGGCAAAGAAUAAUGCCUUGACCAUAAACAAGCGUCACUACAUUGAUAAUUGGGAGAAUGCAAAGACCCAGGUGCACAUUAUGCCUGACACUCCUGAGAUCCUCCUCUCCCUGCAGAAUUCUGCCAACAUAAGCAGGAGAGCCUACAUUAAAGACUGGGAGAAAGACAAGACAAACGUCCAUGUUAUGCCUGAUGCCAUGGAUAUUCUACUGGCCAAAGCAAACAGAGUCAACUACAGUGUGAAAACAUACAAGCAAGCACAUGAAGAGUCCAAGAAGAAAGGAUACGACAUGCGUAAUGAUGCAAUUCCUAUUAUUGCAGCGAAGGCUUCCAGGGAUAUUGCCAGCGAUUACAAGUACAAGGCAGGAUACCGUAUGCAAGUUGGUCACCACAUUGGUGCCCGCAGUAUCAAGGACGACCCUCUGCUCAUGCUGGCUCUGAAUUCAGCCAAGAUUGCCAGUGAUGUUUUGUACAAGAAGGACUUCAACCAGUCCAAGACCAGGUUCCACCUGCCAGUGGACAUGCUGAGUAUUGAACAUGCCAAGAAAUGCCAGGUCCAAGUCAAUGAUUUCAACUACAGAACUCAUCUGCACCAGUGGACCUGUCUGCCAGACUCCAACGAUGUGGUUCAGGCCAGGAAAGCCUACAAUCUUCAGAGUGAUCUUGUAUACAAAGCUGACUUGGAUGAGGUUGUAGGUGUAGGAUGGGUCACCAUUGGUUCACUGGAUGUACUGAAGGCCAAGAAUGCUGCAAACAUUCUCAACGACCGUCUCUACAGGCAGAAACCAGACACACUGAAAUAUAAGACUGACAUGACUUCCAUGCCCAUGGUCCUAGCCAAAACAAAUGCUGAUAUAAUGAACAAGAGAAACUACAUUGCUGCUUGGGAAGCUGAAAAGGUUAAUACUCAUGUAAUGCCUGACACACCUGAGAUGCUGCUUUCCAAAGCAAAUGCUUACAACAUCAGCAGGAAAAUAUAUAGGGAAGGUGUUGAGGAGAUGUUCAGAAAGGGUUACGACCUUAAGGCAGAUGCUGUCUCUGUUGUUGCUGCCAAACAUUCAAGAGACAUCAUCAGUGAUUACAAAUACAAAACAGGAUACCGUAUGCAAGUUGGUCACCAUAAUGUCUACAAAUCAGACCUGAAGUGGCUCCAGGGCAUAGGCUGGGUCCCUUCUGGUUCACUUGAUGUGGAGAAAGCCAAGAGGGCUGCAGAGAUCCUGAGUGAGAGGAAGUACCGCCAGCACCCCAGUACUGUUCCUUUCACCAGCCCCUUAGAUGCCAUGAACCUUGUACUGGCAAAGAAUAAUGCCUUGACCAUAAACAAGCGUCACUACAUUGAUGCUUGGGAGAAUGCAAAGACCCAGGUGCACAUUAUGCCUGACACUCCUGAGAUCCUCCUCUCCCUGCAGAAUUCUGCCAACAUAAGCAGGAGAGCCUACAUUAAAGACUGGGAGAAAGACAAGACAAACGUCCAUGUUAUGCCUGAUGCCAUGGAUAUUCUACUGGCCAAAGCAAACAGAGUCAACUACAGUGUGAAAACAUACAAGCAAGCACAUGAAGAGUCCAAGAAGAAAGGAUACGACAUGCGUAAUGAUGCAAUUCCUAUUAUUGCAGCGAAGGCUUCCAGGGAUAUUGCCAGCGAUUACAAGUACAAGGCAGGAUACCGUAUGCAAGUUGGUCACCACAUUGGUGCCCGCAGUAUCAAGGACGACCCUCUGCUCAUGCUGGCUCUGAAUUCAGCCAAGAUUGCCAGUGAUGUUUUGUACAAGAAGGACUUCAACCAGUCCAAGACCAGGUUCCACCUGCCAGUGGACAUGCUGAGUAUUGAACAUGCCAAGAAAUGCCAGGUCCAAGUCAAUGAUUUCAACUACAGAACUCAUCUGCACCAGUGGACCUGUCUACCAGACUCCAACGAUGUGGUUCAGGCCAGGAAAGCCUACAAUCUUCAGAGUGAUCUUGUAUACAAAGCUGACUUGGAUGAGGUUGUAGGUGUAGGAUGGGUCACCAUUGGUUCACUGGAUGUACUGAAGGCCAAGAAUGCUGCAAACAUUCUCAACGACCGUCUCUACAGGCAGAAACCAGACACACUGAAAUAUAAGACUGACAUGACUUCCAUGCCCAUGGUCCUAGCCAAAACAAAUGCUGAUAUAAUGAACAAGAGAAACUACAUUGCUGCUUGGGAAGCUGAAAAGGUUAAUACUCAUGUAAUGCCUGACACACCUGAGAUGCUGCUUUCCAAAGCAAAUGCUUACAACAUCAGCAGGAAAAUAUAUAGGGAAGGUGUUGAGGAGAUGUUCAGAAAGGGUUACGACCUUAAGGCAGAUGCUGUCUCUGUUGUUGCUGCCAAACAUUCAAGAGACAUCAUCAGUGAUUACAAAUACAAAACAGGAUACCGUAUGCAAGUUGGUCACCACAUUGGGGCCCGUACUAUCCAUGACGAUCCUCUGAUCAUGUUGGCACUAAACUCAGUCAAGAUUGCUAGUGAUGUUUUGUACAAGAAGGACUUCAACCAGUCCAAAACCAGGUUCCACCUGCCAGUGGACAUGCUGAGUAUUGAACAUGCCAAGAAAUGCCAGGUCCAAGUCAAUGAUUUCAACUACAGAACUUAUCUGCACCAGUGGACCUGUCUACCAGACUCCAAUGAUGUGGUCCAGGCCAGGAAAGCCUAUGAUCUGCAGAGUGACGCUGUGUACAAGACUGACAUGGAAUGGAUCAAGGGUACAGGUUGGGUACCAAUUGGUUCACCUGAUGUGGAGAAAGCCAAGAAAGCAGCAGAGAUCCUGAGCGAGAGAAAGUACCGUCAGCCUCCAAGCAACUUCACGUUCACUGCCAAGACAAGCGACAUGCCAUUCGCCCUUGCUCAGGCCAAUGCCCAGAUCAUGGACAAGAAAGCAUAUAUUUCUGCCUGGGAGAAGGAUAAGACCAACAUUCACAUCAUGCCUGACACGCCAGAGAUUCUUCUGGCCCAACAGAAUAAACUCAACACCAGCCUGAAACAUUAUCGUGAAGGCUAUGUGGAAAGCCUCAACAAAGGCUACACCCUCCCCAAAGAUGCCAUUUCUGUUUUAUCAGCCAAGGCCUCCCGAGAGAUAAUCAGUGAUUACAAAUACAAGGCUGGUUUCCGCAGUCAGUGUGGCCGUCAUAUUGGUCCCCGCAGUGUUAAAGAUGAUCCACUGAUUAUGUUGGCUGCUCAUGUAGCUCUGAUCACCAGUGACAACGUCUAUAAGAAGGACUUCAACCAGUCCAAGACCAGGUUCCACCUGCCAGUGGACAUGCUGAGUAUUGAACAUGCCAAGAAAUGCCAGGUCCAAGUCAAUGAUUUCAACUACAGAACUCAUCUGCACCAGUGGACCUGUCUGCCAGACUCCAACGAUGUGGUCCAGGCUAGAAAAGUCUACGACUUGAACAGUGAUGCUGUCUACAGAUCUGAUCUGGAGUGGCUGAGAGGAUGUGGCUGGUCACCUCAUGACUCUUUACAUGUCAUCAAAGCCAGAAAUGCCCAGAAUAUUCUCAAUGAUAGGCUCUACCGCCAGCACCCAAGCACUGUCCCGUUCACCAGCAUUGUCGACCUCCCAUCUAUUGUCUUGUCCAAGCAAAAUUCUGACAAUCUCAGUGAUAGAAAAUAUACAGAACUCUGGGAUAAAGAGAAGCUCAUCAUUCACAUGCUUCCUGACACCCCCCUCUUUGAAUUGUCUAAGACCAAUUCUAUCAACAUCAGUGGUAAACUGUACACAAAGGCAUGGGACGAACACAAGGCCAGAGGCUACCAUAUCAAGGCGGAUACUAUUGCUGUGCAGAAUGCUAAAGCUUCCAGAGAUAUAAUUAGUGAUUACAAGUAUAAGACAGGAUACCGUAUGCAGGUCGGCCACCACAUCGGUGCUCGCAGCAUUCAUGACGACCCACUGAUUAUGCUGGCUCUGAACACAGCCAAGAUUGCCAGUGAUGUUCUGUACAAGAAGGACUUCAACCAGUCCAAGACCAGGUUCCACCUGCCAGUGGACAUGCUGAGUAUUGAACAUGCCAAGAAAUGCCAGGUCCAAGUCAAUGAUUUCAACUACAGAACUCAUCUGCACCAGUGGACUUGUCUGCCAGACUCCAAUGAUGUGGUUCAGGCCAAGAAAGCCUAUGAUCUUCAGAGUGAUGCUGUAUACAAGUCUGACUUGGAGUGGUUACGUGGAUGUGGAUGGAUGCCAGACCAGAGUGUGCAUGUUUUAAAGGCUAAGAAUGCACAGAAGAUCCUGGCUGAUAGAGGCUACCGUGUCAAACUGGAUGAGCAGAAUUAUACAGUUAAGACCGACAGAGUUGACUUUGUUGGUGCCAAGAAUGCAACGGAUGUCCUCAAUGAGGUCAAAUAUCGUGAAGCCUGGCACCAUGACAAGAUCAAGUACACACUGGUGGACACUCCAACUCUUGCCACAGCUAGAGAGGUGGCUAAGCUCAUUCACCCGAAACUAUACACCAAAGUGUGGGAUAUGGUCAAAGCCACGGGCUACUACAUGCCAGGAGAUGCUGUACCAAUCAAGCAGUGCAUCGUUAAUACAAAAGCGCAGAGUCGACACAAUUACCUUGAGGGAUACCGUAGGCAGGUCGGCCACCACAUCGGUGCUCGCAGCAUUCAUGACGACCCACUGAUCAUGCUGGCUCUGAACACAGCCAAGAUUGCCAGUGAUGUUCUGUACAAGAAGGACUUCAACCAGUCCAAGACCAGGUUCCACCUGCCAGUGGACAUGCUGAGUAUUGAACAUGCCAAGAAAUGCCAGGUCCAAGUCAAUGAUUUCAACUACAGAACUCAUCUGCACCAGUGGACUUGUCUGCCAGACUCCAACGAUGUGGUCCAGGCCAGGAUAUUAUAUGAUCUCCAAAGUGAUAAAGUCUAUAAGACUGAUCUGGAUUGGCUUCGUGGCUGCGGCUGGAUGGCAGGUGACUCUGUUCACCAUGUCAAGGUCAAGAAGGCCCAGGAGAUUCUCAGUGAUAGACUCUACAAGCAGAAUGCCAUAGAAGGCUUUGGACAUUACACCCACGUUGUCGACCGCCCUGAGCUCAUCUUGGCAAAAAUAAAUUCUGCCAACCUCAGUGAUCUGAAGUACAAAGAGACCUUCAAUUUGGAGAGGGGGCAUUACAUUGGUUCAAAAGACACUCCUCAGCUGGCCCAUAGCAGGGAGAUGUCUAAGAACAUCAGUGAGAAACUCUACAAACUGCAGUGGGAUGGGUUUAAGGCCAUAGGCUACCAGCUGGACAAUGAAUACAUCCCACUGGUCAGUGGUAAGAAGGGAAGAGCAAUCGCUAGUGAUGUCUUGUACAAAGAAGGCCAUGAGAAGGCCAAGGGUCAUUACAUGGCUGGGACCCUGAUGGACUUCCCUGCUGCGGUGCACUGUGGAAAUCAGGAGAAGCACAAGGGACUGAGGCUCUACCAUAAGGACUACCAUGAUAGCAAGGCCAACAUCCACAUCCCGCCCGACAUCAUCCCUAACCGAGUAGCUAAGCGGUGCCAGGACAUGCUGAGUGACAUCAUCUACCGUACCUACCUGCACGAGUGGACUUGCCUUCCUGAACAGGAAGAUACCGUUCGUGCCCGCAAGAACAACGUGAUUCUCAGUGAUUGGUUCUACAAGGAGGACCUGAACUGGAUGAAGGGGUCUGGUUGCUAUGCAUGGGACACACCAGAAAUCCUACGUGCCAAGAAGUCGUACGCGCUGCAGAGUGAAAUUAAAUACCGAGAGGAUGCCAAGAAAGAAUUCAACAAUUACUCCAUUGUGACAGACACCCCGGUGUAUGUGACUGCUGUUCUGGGUAACCACUGGGCCAGUGAGGUCAACUAUAAGGAGGCUUAUCAGAAGGAGAAGCACAUCUAUACCACUGUUCUGGAUACCCACGACUAUACCAGAUGCCAAAACUUCAAAUUAAUCUUCAGCAAAAAAAACUACACUGAUGUCUGGGACAAAAUCAAAGCCACGAGUUACAAGAUUCCACAUGACUCACAAGCUUUGCGACAUGCCAAAACCCAAAAGAUCCUUCUUAGCCACGUGAAGUACAAGGAGGACUAUGAGAAGUUUAAAUCUCUCUACAGUCUGCCCAAGUCUCUUGAGGAAGAUCCUCCUACUGCUCACUGUAUCAAAGCUGGAAAACUGGUCCUAGACCGUUUGUACAAGGAGGACUAUGAGAAGAACAAGGCCAACAACCAUGUUCCACCAGACAUGCUGGAGAUCCUGACUGCCCAUAACACUCAGAACAAAGUCAGUGAGAUCGGCUACCGCAAGUAUCUACAUGAGUGGAUUUGCCGGCCUGACAUGCAGGUGUAUGUCGAGGCACGCAAAGUCAACAAGCAGCUCAGUGAUUUCUUCUACAAGGAUGAUCUGAACUAUCUGAAGGGUAUUGGCUGCUUUGCCUGGGACACCCCAGAGAUCCUUCGUGUCAAGCGUGCUGGUGAUCUUCAGAGUGAGAAUAAGUACAGAGCCAAAGGUAUUGAGGGUUUCCAGGACUAUUCGGUAGUGAUGGACACUCCACUGUACCAGACAGCCAAGCAGAGCUCUGAGCACCUGAGCGAUGUGCACUACCACUAUGAUUACAAUGCAAACAUCAAGGGCACCAACACUGCUCCUGCUGUUACCGUGGAAACAGAAAGGGCACGCCAGGCUAACUACAUUCAGAGUGAUAACUGGUACAAAGAGGCCAAUAAGCACUCCAUGCCCACUGGUUACACCCUGCCCUAUGACAUCCCGCCCAUCAAGCAGGCCAAGCUGAACAGCAUUAUCUCUAGCUAUGUGAAGUACAAGGAGGUCUAUGAGAUGAUGAAGGCCAAGGGAUACAUGAUUCAUCCAGAAAGUGUCGGGUUCGUCGCUGUAAGGAAAGCCAACAAGGUCAUCAAUGAGCGCCUGUAUCGUGAGGACUACCACAAGCACAAGGACAAGAUCCACACAACCUACGACACCCCCAGUAUCAGACUAGUCAAGAAGAACCAGGACCACAUCAGUGACUUGUGGUACAAAGAGAAAUAUUUCAACAGCAGAGGCCAGAUGAUCUCUUUGCCUGUUACACCUGAGCUGAUACACUACGCCCAUGUCAAUGAGAUCAACAGCGAGCUGAAAUACAAAGAAGAUCUGAAGUGGCUGAGAGGCAUCGGCUGCCACCUGUAUAACAAUCCAGAGAUGGUCCGUAUCCGUAAAAUCACCAACUUCAGGUUGAACUAUCCUGUGGAUGCCAAGAAGAACCUUGACAGCUACCACGUGGUCUUGGACACACCAGAGUACAAGCGUGUGUCUGAGCUGAAGACCCACCUAAGCAGCCUGAUCUACAAAGCCCAGAGCAAGGCGGAGAUGCCUAAGGUCACCACAACUCCAGACUCUGUGGAUUUCAAGAGAGCCAAAUGGGCCCAGCUACUGACUAACCAUUACCUGUACACAGAUCUGGCUGCUAAGCAGAGACCUCAUUACACUCUAGAAGUUGAAACUCCACACAUGGGCCAUUCUAGAAAAAUGAAGGUGGUCUACAGUGAGAACAAGUACAAAGAACAAUAUGAGAAGUUCAAGCACAAGCACACUUCCAUUGCUGACACACCUCUCCUGAUCCGUGCCAAGAAAGCCUACCUUCAGUCCAGUGAUCUGCGUUACAAAGAGAUUUUUGAGCUCGCCAAGGGCCACUACCACACUAUCAAGGACGCUCUGAAUAUCGUCUACCACCGCAGGGUCACUGAUGACGUCAGUCAGGUUAAAUACAGGCACAAGUACAUUAGUUCUCUGGGAACAUGGAGGUCCAUCCCCGACCGUCCUGAGUUAUCCUUCAACAAAAUUGUCAAUAAAAAUGCCAGUACUGUCAAGUACAAGGAGGACCUAGAAUGGCUGAGGGGUAUUGGCUGCUUUGUGUGGGACACACCUGAUAUUAAGCUGGCUGAGAAGAACACGGCGUUGUACAGUAAGAAACUGUACAAGUCUUUCUAUGAAAAGAACAGGCACAAUUUCAAGUACACCAGCGACACCCCAUUCUUCCACACUGCCAAGCAUGCCACCGCUCUCACUGACAAUAAAGCUUACAGAGCUCGUUAUGAGAAGUCCAAGGAUAAGUACACCUUAAAUACAGAGGAACCUAGAUACCAGCUGGCCAGGCAUGUCGGCAAGAUGAGCCAGGUAAAGUAUAAAUUCAAAGCAAAGGAUCUGCUAAAGAGAGGCUGCAAUGAGCUACAACGCCCUGACAUUCUCACAGCUCUUUACCAGUCCUUUAUUGGCAGUCAGUGGAGGUACAGGCAGAAGUAUGAACGUGCCAAGGACAAGAUUGCCACUGUCCUGGAGACUCCUUACUAUGAGGCCCACAAACGCAGCCUGAAGAUAAGAGAUAUCCUCUACAAGAUGGAGUACCACAAGAACAAGGCUAAGGGUUACACCUUGCCCUUUGACACUCCACACCAAAAGCACAUGUUGAAGGUCAAGGAUUUCCCCAGCAUUCUGAAGUACAGAGAGCUGUACGAGAAGAACAAGGCCCACAUCAACAUGGACCUUGAGGCUUGUUCAAUUCAAGUUGCCAAGGAUGCCUACAAGAAAAUCAGCAAUCUGGAUUACAAGAGAAAGUAUGAAGCGACCAAGUUCAAAUGGAGCUGGAUAGCAGACAGACCUGACAUUCUCAACGCUAUCAAUAACACCUCGCAGCUGAGCGAUUUUGAGUACAAGUUUGACCGAGAGAUGCUGAAGGGCUGUGUGACGCCUAUAGUUGAUGACAAGCUAACUGUCCUGUGCUUAAACAAUAAUAUAAUGGCCAGUUCUCUAAAAUACAAAGAGAAGUAUGAAAAGGCAAGGGGCCACUACAUAGCCGUCGCAGACACUCCUCAGAUCCUCCAUGCCCAGGCUGUGCGAACUCUGUCGUCUGUGAACACAUACAAGGAGGCCAAUAAGAAGAUCAUACAUUCUGGCAAAUUCACCACCCUGCCUGUGACCCGCGACACUGCCCACAGCAGGGAGGUCAACAAGCUCGUCAGCAAGAACGUGUAUAAAGAAAAGUUUGAGAAGGAGAAGGGCAAAUCAGAGUAUAACCAUAUGAUUGAACCACCUGAUGUUCAACAUGCCAUGGACGUGGCCAAGAAGCAGAGCAGUAUUAUCUACAAGAAGGAUGCUAAAGCCAACCAGAAUUACACUUCUGUUGUUGACCGUCCUGACAUAAAGAAAGCGACCCAUGCCGCCAAACUUAUCAGUCAGAUCGGCUACCGUGACAAGGCCCGUGAGGAGGCAAGCCGCGGAGGUUCUCUGACCUUCCGCCCAGACAUCGACCUGGCCACUAGAGUGGCCAAGCUGAACAGCCAGUUGAAGUACAAGGAGAAGUUUGACAAGGAGCUGAAAGGAAAGAGACCAAUAUAUGACCUGAAGGAGGCCAAGAUCUACAAGAUUAUGAAGGAUGCCAAUGACCUGGCUAGUGAGGUGAAGUAUAAGGGCGACCUGAAGAAGAUGCACAAACCUGUGACCGACAUGUCCGAGUCUCUGAACAUGCAGCACAUCCUGGGCACCAGCAGACUGUCCAGUGACAUCAAAUACAAGGAGAAGUAUGAGAAGGAGAGGGGCAAGGCCAUGCUGGACUUUGAGACUCCGACAUAUGUGACUGCUAAGGAGGCUCAGCUCAUGCAAAGCCAGAAAGACUAUAAGAAGGACUUUGAAGAGCACAUGAGGGGCAAGAACCUCUCAGGCUUGGAGGUCACCCCUGCCAUGAUACAUGUCAAACACGCCACCCAAAUAGCCAGUGAGAAAGAGUACAGGAGGGAUCUAGAAGAAGGAGUGAAGGGUAAAGGGCUAAGUGCACUGGAGGAAACUCCGGAGCGCUUGAGAGCAAGGAAUGCUACUCACAUCCUGUGUGAGAAAGAGUACAGGAAGGCACUGGAGGAGGAGAUCAAGGGCAGAGGAAUGUUGGCUUUGGCUACAGACACCCCAGACUUUGCAAGGGCCAAGAAUGCUACCGACAUCCUUAGUCAGAUAAAGUACAAGCAGACCGCUGAGAUGGACAGGGCCUGCUACACGUCUGUUGUCGACACCCCAGACAUCAUCCACGCUCAGCAAAUGAAGACAAUGAUCAGCCAGAAAAAGUACAAAGAGGACGCUGAAAAGACCAUGAGUCACUAUGUGUCCGUCUUGGACACUCCAGAGAUGCUGAGAGUUCGUGAGAACCAGAGGAACUUCAGCACUCUUCAAUACCAGAUUGACCUUAAAAACAUAAAGGGCAAAGUGUCUUCUGUACAGGACACUCCUGAAAUGCUCCGUGUUAAAGAGAAUACAAAGAAUUUCAGCUUGAUUCAGUAUAAAGACGAUUUGGAAGGAGGAACAGCUUUACCCGAGACCCCUGAGAUGGAGAGAGUUAAACGCAACCAGCAGAACAUUAGCAUGAUACAGUACAAGGAUUCUAUGGGUCAAGGCCCAGCCAUACCAGAUCCUCCUGAGGUGAAGCGGGUCCGAGAUACCCAGAAGAAUAUCAGCUUGGUAGAGGAACAGACUUGCAGUGUCCCUUAUUUUAUUACUUUGUAUUCAUUCCUCAGGAUGCCCUGUGACCUCUCCCACCUCUCCCAACAUCUAGAAAACUUUACAUUCUGUGUUUUUACUACCAGUUUUCCCUCCUCCAUCCUAAUAAGUUUCAUAAGUCACUCCUUUUUAGUUGAUGACUUGAUAGCCUUUGAGAGCUCUGUCAUGAUAAUCCCCCUGCAUCUAAACCAAAUGAAGUAUCAUCCAUCUGUUAUUCUGAAGUUAAUGAUAUGGAAUGGAUGGAUUUGUCUGUGUGUACAGUACAUACUGUGUUUUGUUGGUCUCUGUCUGACUCUGUACCUGUGUAACCUAUGUAAUGGGCAGAUACAGUACAAGGAUUCUAUGGGUCAAGGCACAGCCAUACCAGAUCCUCCUGAGGUGAAGCGGGUCCGAGAUACCCAGAAGAAUAUCAGCUUGGUAGAGGAACAGACUUGCAGUGUCCCUUAUUUUAUUACUUUGUAUUCAUUCCUCAGGAUGCCCUGUGACCUCUCCCACCUCUCCCAACAUCUAGAAAACUUUACAUUCUGUGUUUUUACUACCAGUUUUCCCUCCUCCAUCCUAAUAAGUUUCAUAAGUCACUCCUUUUUAGUUGAUGACUUGAUAGCCUUUGAGAGCUCUGUCAUGAUAAUCCCCCUGCAUCUAAACCAAAUGAAGUAUCAUCCAUCUGUUAUUCUGAAGUUAAUGAUAUGGAAUGGAUGGAUUUGUCUGUGUGUACAGUACAUACUGUGUUUUGUUGGUCUCUGUCUGACUCUGUACCUGUGUAACCUAUGUAAUGGGCAGAUACAGUACAAGGAUUCUGUGGGUCAAGGCACAGCCAUACGAGAUCCUCCUGAGGUGAAGCGGGUCCGAGAUAACCAGAAGAAUAUCAGCUUGAUACAGUACAAGGAUUCUAUGGGUCAAGGCACAGCCAUACCAGAUCUUCCUGAGGUGAAGCGGGUCCGAGAUACCCAGAAGAAUAUCAGCUUGAUUCAAUACAAAGAAGGUGUGGGACAAGGCACAUCAGUAUCAGAGACCCCAGAGAUGGAGAGAGUCAAACGCAAUCAGCAAAAUAUUAGCACGAUAAAAUACAGGGAAUCUAUUGGUCGGGCCACAGCUAUCCCGGACCUCCCUGAAGUGAAGCGUGUCAGAGAAACCCAGAGGCACAUCAGCUCGGUGAUGUAUAAAGACACUUCAGCCAAGGGAACUCCUGUGGUGUUUACUCCCGAGAUGGAGCGAGUCAAAAGGAACCAAGAAAAUAUUAGCUCGGUGCUGUACUCGGACAGUUUCCGUAAGCAGGUCCAGGGCAAGGCCGCCUUCAUUCUGGACACACCUGAGCUGAGGCGCGUCAGGGACUCUCAGCGCAUCAUUUCCGGGGUGAGAUACCACGAGGACUUCGAGAAGACCAAGGGCAGCUUCACUCCCGUCAUCUCCGACCUUGUGACGGAGCGUGUGAAGAGGAACACCCAAGACUUCAGUGACAUCACCUACCGUGGCAUCCAAAGACGUGUGGUGGAGAUGGAGAGGAGACGUGCCCUGGAGCACGACCAUGAGACCAUCACUGAUCUGCGUGUGUGGCGUACAAACCCUGGCUCCGUGUUCGACUACGACCCUGCUGAGGACAACAUCCAGUCCAGGAGUCUUCACAUGAUGUCAGUGCAAGCUCAACGUCGCAGCAAGGAGCACUCCCGUUCCACCAGCGCUUUGAGUGGCGGGGCUGAUGAGAAGUCCGAGUUGUCCCAGGAUGCUGACCACCACCUGUCCCUCUACAGCAACGGCUUCAUGGCCACCACGUCAGGUUACCAACAUGCUAAGACUGUGGAGGUGCAGCAGAGGUCAUCAUCUGUUGCCACUCAGCAGACCACAGUCUCCUCCAUCCCCUCACACCCCUCUACCACUGGAAAAACCGUGCGUGCCAUGUACGACUACUGCGCAGCCGACAGCGAUGAGGUGUCCUUUAAAGAUGGCGAUGUCAUUCUUAACGUGCAGUCCAUUGACGAGGGCUGGAUGUACGGUACUGUGCAACGCACCGGCAAGACCGGCAUGCUGCCAGCCAACUAUGUUGAAGCGAUUUAAAGACGAGGCCCACCCAUUGUCCCUAGGGAGUGGGUGAGACGCAUCCACAGG